GAGGGUCCCGUGGAGCCAGAGACCUUCCUGCGAGCCGCCGUCCAGGGUAAGAUGCAUGUCAUCGAAAAGUUUCUGGCAGAUGGUGGCCCCCCUGACACGUGUGACCAGGUAGCGUCACCGACAGCCACUGGGCAACUGGACGUCCUGCAGAAGCUACUGGACAGUGGGGCCACCGUCGACUUCAGGGACAGGCUGGACUGCACCGCCGUGCACUGGGCCUGCCGGGGUGGGCACCUGGAUGCUGUCAAGCUGCUGCAGGACCGUGGGGCAGACCUCAACCUGAAGGACAAGCUGCUCAGCACCCCCCUCCAUGUGGCCACCCGGACCGGGCAUCCUGACAUCGUGGAGCACCUCAUCCACUGUGGGGGGGCAGAUAGAGAAGGUGACACGGCGCUGCACGAUGCCACACGGCUCAGCCGCUACAAGAUCAUCAAAAUGCUGAUCCUGCAUGGGGCUGACAUGAUGGCCAAGAACGAGGCUGGCAAGACCCCGACGGACCUGGUGCAGCAGUGGCAGGUGGACACACGCCAGGCACUGGCAACCAAGGAGCAGCCGCAGGGGGAGAUGGAGGUCCCUGCGUGA